AUGUCACCACAACAACGAUCAACUACACUAGAGAGUGCGCAACAGCAACAGCAGGCUUCUUCCCAUCAAAGGCCUGGUAACCUGGCAAAUGAACUUAGGCGGCAGACUGCAACAUCAGUUGCAUCCACAAAUUUGCAACAACGCCGCUCCAAUGCCCCAAGCAUGAGAAGACUGGAUACGGUGCACCUAGCCCCCAGGCCCCAGAAUGGACGCAAUCAUACCACCGCUAGCAUGGCACCUAUAGGCACCGUGACCAAUACGCCUACGAACCAUGCCACUCGUGAAAACGUCAGGCAGGAGCCUCUUCGACGGCCGGAAAAGAAGCAACAGCAGACUGUCGACGUUGAAAAUGACUACUUUACGCUGAACCCAUGGUACAAUGAACAAAAUCCCAAGCCUGUCUUUGGCUUGGGCGCUCCCUUGCCACGCACAGUUCGUCGUGGCAUGUGGUGGGGACGAGGUGAUAUGCGCCAAAGUUUGUACAAAAUCGAUGAUCAAGACGGUGGCAUUGACCACCAGGAUGCUGUGAAUUUAGACAAUGGCAAAGUCCUGGCAGUCUUGGAAGAAGAUUUGGAAAAUUCUCAGGAAACCUUGAACGGCGGCCGCCAAGCUGAUGGGCCAAAUAGUACAGAACGAUUCCAAACCGUGGUCGAUGGCCGGAGGGUAAAUGUCAAGCGCGUACCGACAGGCGAAGCCAUCCAGGUACUUGGGGGCAACUCUGACCCAGGCACUCGCAGCCACGAACAUCACGAGGGCCAAAACCGAGCACCAGUCAAUGAGCACGGCUUGGACUACGCCGAUGGCCGUGGACAGCAACAGCAUUUUGGCCUCCAGGAUGGCCUCCCACCGCUACAACAGCGAGGCACAAAUGACACUAGUCGAACCGAACAGGAAGAAAUUGAGAUUCAGGGCCGACAACAACAGGAAGAAAGAGAGUUCUACAACCAGUACCGGAACCCUAUUGCGAGAUUCCGGGCAAAGUAUCCCCAGGCUCCAGCAGAGUUUCUUGCAACAUUCAUCUACCUGCUCAUAGGAUUGUGCGUCAACUUAUCUGUUGCCACAUCUCAACAAGCCACGGGCAGUUUCGAGACACAAGCCUGGGGCUGGGGCUUUGCAGUCAUAAUUGGCAUCUACCUCGGCGGCGGUGUCAGUGGAUCGCAUCUGAGUCCGACUGUCUCCAUUUCUCUCUCCAUCUUCCGCGGUUUCCCUUGGCGAAUGGCUGUCGUCUAUAUAUGCAUGCAACUGCUGGCCGGCCUUGCCGCUGGAGCUGUUGCAUAUGCCCUCUACUCAGAUGCAAUCCACCAGGUAGAUCCUGGUCUAACACUCGACAUGACUGGCAAGGCGCUCUUCCCCCAAGGGCCCAUUUACUCGACGGCCACUGGUUUCUUUAACGACUUUGUCUACAUGGCCAUUUUCGUGUGCGUCGUCUUCGCCCUUGGCGAUGACCAGAACUCUCCCCCCGGUCAAGGCAUGACUGCCUUCAUCGUUGGACUGACAGGAAUGGUCAUCAUGAUCGGCCUAGGGUACAACACAGGUUUAGGUAUCUCUCCAGCGCGAGACCUAGGUCCUCGCGUCGUUGCGUACUGGGUUGGCUAUGACGAGGCGUUUUCCACGGGGUACUGGGCAUAUGGAUCGUGGGGCGCGUCGAUUAGCGGUGCAUUGUGUGGCGGUCUGAUGUACGACACGUGUAUUUUUGUGGGUGGCGAGUCGCCUGUUAAUUAUCGGUGGCCGCAGCCGGGAGAUAUCAAGUGGAGGGCCAAAGAAACGAAGAAGAUGGCAAAGGAUCGAAUUCAGCAGGUAGCAUGA